GCCUCUCCUCGCCGCCCCGCUCCGCCCCGGCCGCCAUGUUGCGGCGGUGGCGGCGGCUGUGGGAGCUGCCGCCGGGGGUGGCGGAGCAUGCACGGCACGGAGCAGCGUCCCGCGGCCGCGCACCCUGCCCAGUGGGUGCUCGUUGCGCCAGAGGCUGCUACUGACCCCCCUAAGACACCUGACAGCGAACCUAUGUUUACAAGGUUACGCAGUCCAAGCACAGGGGAAGCAACCCUUUACUUAUUCAAUAGUGGUGCACAGCAGCUGUUUGAAGUUAAAGUUUUUCAUGAAGAAUAUCGUUCCUGGUUUAUAGGUGAGACUGUUCAACAAGAUGGGCGCCUGCUGUUCGUGACGCCGAUGGACCCCUUAUUUCUGAUACUUUAUUACCUCAGAAAGGCAGACAAGGAGCAACAAGGAAAGUUCCAGCCACUGGAUCAAGUUGUGCUAGACUCAGAGUACCCUUAUUGCCGAUUGCUGCUGAAGUGCGUAGAUGUUAAACAGUCCAUACAUCAUGUAACGGAAGAAAAAGAGAUUGGCAGUCAGAAAUUUCACAAGUACAGCCAAGAGAAGACGUUGAAGUGGUUAAAGAAAAAGGUCAAUCAAACAGUGAAAGCACUUAAAAGCAACAAUAUAUCUGUAGGUGAAAGGGUACAGGCAGCUACAUUUAUCAGCGGUAAACAGAUCACAGAUGCUGAAGAAGACUAUGUACGGUAUGCCCAUGGGUUAAUAUCAGAAUAUAUUCCUGAAGACCUGAGUAAGGAGCUGUCAAAAUACUUAGGUCUCCCAGAACUUACAAGCCCUGCACCAGAGCCACCAUUGAAGAAGGACAAUUCCGAGCACUGGAUGGUGUUGGGAAGGCAAGCAAGUAAGCAUGGCAUGGAUGUUUCAGUGGAAAACCAAGAAUGGGAGAGAGUUACAGUAGAAACAGGAGCUGCGAGAUGCCUGCACAAAGACAUCUGAAGAAGAAGUGAAAGGAGCAUAAGGAGACUCGCUAAUAUUAUUUUAACUUGCCAUAAUCUCAAAGCAGCUUUUAAAGUCUUUUUUUACGCACUUUCUGAAAACAAAUGCUUGAAGUUAGACAUGCCCUGUUCCAAGAAAAAGCAAAUCUCAGCAGAUUAACAUUGUUAAAUAUGCGGUGUGUUAAACAUACAGUGCUUCAAAUUUUAUAGCUUAUACACUAUUGGUCUAUCGGGCCCUUCCAGGAAAGCACUUACGAGCAUGCCUAAUGUUAAGCACAUGAGCAGUGUUCUUAAAGUCAGCAGUGUUGUUCCUGUGGGUAAGUGCUUUGCUGGAUCAGCGCCUAAAGUCCUGUUAGGUGCUGAGCAUCCUGAUCCAUAUCCAGCAAAGCACUUACGUCCACGCUUAUCUUGAAGUGGAAGAGCCGGUCUAACUAAUAUUUGUGCAUUAGCGUUUGCCAUAAAAAUCUCUCUUGGCACAGUGACUCGCAUGCUUAAAAUUAAGCACCUGCCUAAGUAUUUUGCAAGGUCAGACCAACAGCAUCCUUGAGCAAAUCUUAAAUAAUUUCUUGAUUUUAUAUUAAUUUUCUUUUUUGUAGUAGUUGCUCUGUUUUUUAACAAAGCAUAUGAUUUUAUUGGCUAUAAUUUCAAGCUUUAGAAGCUGCGUAGCAAAAUGUUUCAUACAAUUUUCUCCUUUCUUUUUCAAAUUCUAUCCAAAUGCUUUUUUGGACUAAAAGUCAAUUUGUUCAGACUUAGAAUCAUCUAAAAUGA